UAAACUCAGCACAAUUACAUUGUCACUCAAAUUUUAAGUUAACCACGGCCCUAUUUCACAAAAGCAGAAUUUAGAAAUCCGGGCAAACGUUCGGAUUUACAGUCUGCGCAGUCAUUGCUUUAAAACCUACGUAGAAGAUGCUGAAACGAUAGAGGCUGGUCCCACACUGAAGCCGGAGCCGUGGUUAAGCUACGACGUCACUGCCUGAACCUCAGCCCAGCAUCCCGGACCUCAUUACAGCCAUACGUCCUCACACAGUCCGCUGACCAUGUCCUCGUAACAGAUGGGGAACGCGUUGCCCUGAACCAGCCCUUCUGCUCAUCCACGCAGUGUUCCAUAUACUACCAGCCUGGAAAUGAUGUCCUCUUACUACCACCCUGCCAAGGAAACGGACAUGGCGGCCAUGACAGAGCCGCUCUGCCUGGAAAGAGAUGUGUGCAGGGUGAUCGAGCUGCUGGACCGGCUGCAGCGGAGUGGGGAGCUGCCUCCUCCCAAGCUGCAGGCCCUGCAGAGAGUCCUGCAGAGCAAGUUCUGUGCUGCCAUCAGAGAGGUGUACGAGCAGCUGUACGACACUCUGGACAUUGUUGGAGGACCAGAGGUGCGAGCACAGGCAACUGCCAAGGCCACAGUGGCAGCGUUUGCAGCCAGCGAGGGCCACGCCCACCCAAGGGUAGUGGAGCUGCCCAAGACCGAGGAGGGUUUGGGCUUUAACAUCAUGGGGGGCAAAGAGCAGAACUCCCCCAUAUACAUCUCCAGGGUGAUCCCUGGGGGGGUGGCCGACCGCCAAGGAGGUCUGAAGAGAGGGGACCAGCUCCUGUCUGUCAACGGAGUGAGCGUGGAGGGCGAGCACCAUGAGAAGGCUGUGGAGCUGCUGAAGGCUGCCCAGGUUUCAGUCAAGCUGGUGGUGCGCUACACCCCAAAGGUCCUGGAGGAGAUGGAGGCUCGCUUUGAGAAGAUGAGGAGCGCCCGGAGACGCCAGCAGCACACCAGCUACUCAUCUCUGGAGUCCAGGGGCUAGCCAAUCCAACGCCUCCGCCCGCCUCAUCCUCCAACCCUCCUGGCUCUUCUGUUCUAGUGGGAGACCUUAGAUGAGAAGCGAAAAAACCAAAGUAGCCUACCAACACCUGUUAACCUGAACUUCUUCUGUUCUCUCCACCCUCUUUCCCUCUUCCUUAGAGAAAUGCAGAGUAAGCUUGUUGUCAUACCAUGCCUGUAAUUUCGAGCCUGGCAUAGCCAGACUAUUUCGCCAAUGUGGCUCAGUCUGGAGCCUCUCAACUUCAAUUUUGAUUUCCAAAGGGCUCUAUCAACGGCGCAGACCAAAAUGCCUCCACCUACAACCAAUCGGAGCAACGAAAAGUGACAACAACCAAUCAGAGCAAUGUAGCGCUCAGCGACACGUGCAAGUCGGGGCGGUGCUUGGUCCGUUUUCAAGCAUAAAAACUGUUACUUCAGAGACAAACGUGGGUCACUUUGUAACACACGUAUGCUCGCCUAGCUGCUAGCGUGGCACUCCCUCAUGCUCUGCUUCUGACUGGCUAGUAGUCCUUACUGAGGUACUGCUCAUGUGCGACUCCCAGCUAAGAUGGUACAGCAGUGAGAUGCCUCACUCUGUAGCUAAAACAGAGAGCUCAACACACAGGGUGAAAAGAGGAGCUGCAGCAAUGGGCAGUACAACAAAAUAUAUGGUGUUUUCUGAAAAUUAAACCACGUAAACCUAUUCUGGUACAACCUCUAAAUACAAUUAUGAACCUGAAAAUGAGCAUAAUAUGAGCACUUUAAACAAAGUGUACGUAACUUAUACAAAAACCUUUGAUCAUGAAGCAGAUUGUUACUGUACAGUCCUCUGGUUUAUCAGUCAGGCGUGUGAACUCCACCGCAGACUGGAUUCUCUGCUCAGAGCGACGGCUGACUCAUCAUGAACGCGCGGGUUGAAUGCGCGUCUAGCGUUACGUACGUCUCGUUACAUGACGCUGACGCUUUUAUCCCAAGCCACUUUCAGACAAACAAUCACACACGGAGCAAUUUGUAAUUAACUGUCUUGCCCAAAAGGACAAUUCGACACGGGACUGCAGGGCCAGUGAUCGAACCACCGACCUCCCGAUUGGUGUCGUCUGACCUGCUCUAUCGCCUGAGCCACAGCCGCCCCAUUUAUGACAUGUCUGUAUCGCCCCUGCACUGCGUUCCGGGUGCCGCGCCGCACGCUCUCACUCAUAGAACUAAAGUAAACUUUACAUCCGGUAAUGGCUGUUGCGCCAUACAGGCUUCCCUCUCCCGCUUCACAGAAUAUACAGCUGCCCCUGGUAAUAGAAUUUAAAACAACUGUAGACGCAUGUCAGCAGUGUGGCCGGCUCAGAGAGCGAGAGGAGAGAUGCAAACAGGCUCGGCUUUACAGAAGAAAUGGGUUACGUAACGCAACAACCAACUAUAUGCAUAUAAACGGUAUUGUCUCAUCCCAUAUCUCAUUUGAAAGUGGAUAUAGCGCCCAGCCCUAGGCUCCAGGCUACGUCAUCUUUCCAGUGAAAUCAUCCUCAGCAUGCUAUUACAUAAGGGCAAUCCAUUCUUUAGUGUGUGGCUUAACCAGAACCUGGUGUUUGUAUUCUCCCGUCGUUUUGACCUGUGUAUUGACAUGUAGUGUGUGGUGUGCUCUAUCUGCAGUUAUACCUCAGGAGCACUGACACCUACAGCCUUCACCGCCAUUUCUCCAUCACAUGUCCCAGCUAGAGGGCUAGCCAUUAGCAUUACCAAGACCUACACUGGAAUCAGUAGCUGGCAGGUGUCAUCUUAGUC